GAGGGGAAGGUCCAGCCAGGAGGAGGUGGACCUCGCAUGACGUCACUGCAAGCCCCGCCCUUGUCAGGGCCUUCUAAACACGUCCUUCCGCCCGCUUUCUUCCUCUCCCUUUUCCUCGGCCAUCGUGGAGUCGCUAGAAGGUUUUGUUCCCCAGUAUGUCUUCUCACAAGACUUUCAGGAUCAAGCGAUUCCUGGCCAAGAAACAAAAGCAGAAUCGUCCCAUUCCUCAGUGGAUUCGAAUGAAAACUGGUAAUAAAAUCCGAAGUAGUUGAAUUGAUGGUUUUGGAAGAAAGACGUUACUAGAAUUGCUACAAAGGAUCCCCAAGGUCAUCUAGGCUAACUCCAGGCAAAGCUAGUCCUAAAACACGCGUCUCCUGCAUGCCUUUCAGCCCCAGUGCUCUUUGGAAACCAGGUGGGCCUCGAGACAGGUCUCAGGAAAGAAAGCUAAGCAUCAGAAAUCAGUAAUACUUGCCCAAGGUUACACAGUGUUACACAGCUUUCACAACUUCCGUUGAUUUAAAAUGAAGCAUUUCCUGGACCUACCAAAUAACUGAGCCCAUAAGAUCACAAAGGAGAAGGGACCAAAAACUAUUGUCAAAGUUCUUAUUUUCAGGAGUGUUUUUAAGCUGGCACUGUAGAGUGGGCCUAGCAAGUGUGUCCCUCUUGCCAGGUGGUAAAGACUUUGAAGUUUGGGAGUCCAAGAUUGUGAAGCUAGUAUAGAACUCUGAUUUGAUUAUAUGGCAAAUUUAAGUGGAGUUAGUUUGCUGAUGGAAGACUAAGGUGUGAAUUGUCCGAGCUAAAAUUGAGUGCCCAUUUGCUGAAUUCAUUCAGCCUGUUAGAAAGACAUGUGCAAAUUGCCACCCACUAUAGUCUGAUAGGCCAGUUAAUUGCUUCCUUUGGUUAAUUGUGUGCUAGAUGCUGGUCUUUAUUAUUUAUAUUUAUAUGUGUAGGGGGUGUCUCACUGUUUCACGUAUAGCUAGAUUUUAAAACCUACGGUGUUGCCAUCAUUCAGUACUGCAAAGAGCAUUGAGUCACUUCACUUGAAGUGGUUUGGCAGCUCAGCCCUUCUACAAGUUUGAUGAAUUUCUGUUGAGAGCCUCUGACAUCCAUAAUAAAGCCCUUUUAAUGUAUCACAAUGAACAUCAGUUUCUUGUCAGGUCCCCGUCCAGUGAUGGUGGGAUCUGCCUUUAUAGGGUUGUUUGAGGAGAAAGAAACAUACAUAUAUAAAGCUCAGUAGAGGGUGCCUGCAAUUACCAAUAUUAAUCUCUUGCUCAAAUGGGUCUCCUAGACCUAGGAAGUUAUUUUUUAUUUAGGUUUAUAUACUCUUGGCCUAGAGAAUUAGAACAGUGGAAUGAUUUUUCUAUUGCUUCAGCUGUCUUCCAACUUUUAAAAUGUAUUGCAAGCAGGUUGCAAUUACAGUGCUUCAUUUUGUGGAAGUACUGACAUUAUCCUGCUGAAAGAAAAUUUGUGUUAAUCUUUUGGUUUUGCCUUUAUGGGGGUAAAAUCGUGACAGAUUGACAUGGACAAUUCUGAGAUGGCCUUGGCUCUGCAAAUUGCUUGCUUUGGUAUUGAAAUGAUGAGGUGUUAGUCUUAGUCUGUUGUAAAACUUAGGCAGGAGCUUUUGUGUAUACAUGACUCACUAUGUAGAAAUGACUUUUUAAUGUUUAGAAAGAAGGGGAGUUCAAAAGAAAUAUGACUAUUUCUGGGUUUGCCCCAGGUUUGUUGAAUCAAAAGUGGGUGAAUACAUUAGGAAGGGACAGUGCUUUCCCACUACCCCUAUCCUGAUUAAGAACCAGUGUUUCCUUAACCUGGAAUCAUUUUUACAGGUAAAAAUUUGGUAUGUCUAGUUCUUAAGCACCGCUAGGAAAUCAUUUUUUAAUCUACAAAAAGAGCUCCAAACUUGUUAAAGGAAGGAAAACAGGACCCCUUUGCCUUUCAAGGAUUUUAUGGUACUUGAAAGGCAAAGGUUGUGGUGAAUGAAUGCAGCAAAAUUGAGGUCACACUGCCUGUGUAACUUGUGGUUUCCUUCGCUGUAGGUACACUCAGGAGGAGACAUUGGAGAAGAACCAAGCUGGGUCUAUAAGGAGUCACACGUAAGAUGGCACACAUAUUUAUGCUGUAUCAAAGUCAUAUGCACUUACCAACUCACCAUAAACAUUGUGACUAUCUGGGUAAUUGGGUGUGUUUUAUGGGGGAAGUGAUUUUUAUGCCUCUGCACUCGUCUGUUUAUUCAGUAAUAAAUAUGUGAAACCUUUUGCCUGAA